AAUAAACAAACCAACCAAGGACGAGAGAAAAUAUCGCCAUCAACACACACAAUAGUCAGUCGUGUAGAAAUUGGCUGUACUUUUAAUUUGUAAUUAUACUUGUAACACCUUACUGCAUAUUGUAGUUUAGCAAACAAUUAACUCCUAAUCUAAACAAAAACAAAUUAGUGAUAAACAAUCCGGUGAAAUUUAAGUCAAAUAAAGUUUAAUAUUUGACCUUUAAUUCAAUUUACCAAUUAAGGGAAAACUACGAUUGAAUUGUUAGAAUUUUAUAUAAUACCGAUUACGUGAGAUACCUGGAAGAUCGCCCAUAAAAAAUCUCUCUGAACCGUUUAUUGAGCGUGUUCCGAUGACAUUUUUUUAAAUUGUUGACUGAUUAUUGAAUCGUUCCAAAGCUGAUCUUCCAAGUGUCCAACAUAGAACACAAAAGAAAUUGUUGAUUUAAUUAAUAUUUUUGGAUGGUGGCCCGAUUUGGUCGCAAAACGUUGGGUUAUCUGAGCGUUGUUGGAUUAGCAUAUCGGACCUUCUUUACUUUUUCUGCAAUGGCUUGGAGAGCACACGGGAAUAAUAAUGAGGAGUUGGUUAGUAAUUUGAAAAAGUACUCAAUAAUCAAGAGCAACAGAGUUGAAGAGGCGAUGCGAAAUGUGGACCGCGGCGACUACUCGAAAAACAACCCUUAUAACGAUGCCCCCCAAGGAAUUGGGUAUGGUGUUACGAUCUCAGCCCCUCAUAUGCACGCCCAAGCACUCGAGUAUUUGUCAGAACACUUGAUCGAAGGAGCAACUUGUUUAGAUGUUGGAUCUGGUUCUGGAUAUCUUGCGGCAUGUAUGGCGCUGAUGGUUGGAGAAAGUGGCAAAGUCAUAGGCAUUGAACAUAUUCCAGAGCUGGUUGCCGUUUCCAUUCAGAAUGUCAGAAAAAAUCAUCCUGAACUUUUGGACUCUGGCAAAUUGAAACUUAUUGCUGGCGAUGGGCGCUUGGGCUUUGCGGACGGGGGUCCAUACGACUGUAUUCACGUGGGCGCUGCUGCACCCAAAAUCCCACCUGCUCUGAUUGAGCAGUUGAAACCUGGAGGACGUUUGAUCUUGCCAGUCGGCCCUGCUGGUGGUGACCAACAACUAGAACAAGUUGACAAAUCUCUGACUGGUGAUGUGACAAGGAAACCGUUGUUUGGUGUUAUCUAUGUUCCGCUCACUGACCGAAGCGAACAGUGGCCCACAAGGGCUCCAGAGUUUUGAAAUUUUCCCCCAAACAAGUAACAAGUCCCUCCUCCCACGUGUACAUCAGAGUGCAACUCGAUCGUGUAAAGUUCCGAUCAGAACCCCAAAUAACAUGAGAUAUGCCACACAUGAGACUAUUUAAACCAAAAAAGGACAUCUAACCAAAGGAUUCAGUUUUAAAACUAAACUAACGAUACUGCUGUUGCUAUUUAUAUGAUUUAUAACUCAAGUCAGUCAUGUUUGUCUCGUAUAACCGCUCGAUCUUAACCUAUACAUAUAUAAUGAUAAUACCAAACCCUCUCUCAACUAACGAGAAUAAAUUUACUGUUGUUUUGUGAUAAAA